CUACACCCAACAUGGGGCUUGGACUCACGACCCCAAGGUCAAGAGUCACAUGCUCUACUGACUGAGUCAGCCAGGCACCCCGGAACAUAAUUCAUCUCGCAAUGGUUUUGGAAAUCAUUUAUUCACACUUGUGUGACACUACCCAUUCAUUGGGGCACGAGGUAGAUGCUGGAUAUGGACAAUGCGAAGCCCAUCCCCUCGUCAGAAGCAAGUAAGGAGCAAGUGCAGCUUGAUGCUUUCUUCCCCUCAUUCAUCGCAUUCAAUUGAAUACAUAUUGAAGCCCUACUGUGCGCCAAUCGCUGUGCCAAGCCUUGGGGAAACAAAGAAGAGAAACGGGCCCUGCUUGCAUUGUGUGAAAAGGACAGGCAGUUACACAAUGACCAUAAAGUGGUGUGUCCCUGCUUUGAUAAAGGAAUGCAAGGCCCAAGGUGUGACAGGAACCCAAAUGCAUGGAAUUCAGCCCCCAUCACAGGGCAGUGGACUGGAACCUCUCAAAUUCCUCUUACCUAACAUCAGAAUUGGUCCUAGUGACUGGACCACAGAUGCAUCUGCACAGAGUUCAAGAUAAGGCCCCUCUGUCCAAGGGUCUUUUGCUGGUCCCCAGUGCCCUGUCCCUCUUGCUGGCCCUCCUCCUACCGCACUGUCAGAGGUUCUUCGUGUAUGACCUCCAAGCCAUCAAGGAUGACUUCCAGAUUUGGAGGUUGAUAUGUGGAAGAAUAAUUUGCCUUGAUUUGAAAGAUACUUUCUGCAGUAGUCUGCUUAUUUAUAAUUUUAGGAUAUUUGAAAGAAGAUAUGGAAGCAGAAAAUUUGCAUCCUUUUUGCUGGGUUCCUGGGUUUUGUCGGCCUUGGUUGACUUCAUCCUCGUUGAGGCUGUGUGGUAUUCCUUUGGUAUUGCUGCAGCUGGGAAUUUGCCUUCUGGAUUCCUGGCACCUGUGUUUGCUCUGUUUGUACCAUUUUACUGCUCCAUACCGAGAGUCCAAGUGGCACAAAUUCUGGGCCCAUUGUCCAUCACAAACAAGACAUUGAUUUAUAUAUUGGGACUACAGCUUUUCACCUCUGGUUCCUACAUCUGGAUUAUAGCCAUAAGUGGACUUAUAUCAGGCAUCUGCUACAACAGCAAAAUGUUUCAAGUUCACCGGGUUCUCUACGUUCCCAGCUGGAUGGCAAAGUUCUUUUCCCGGACACUUGAGCCCAUCUUCUCAUCUUCAGAACCCACGGCCGAAGCCAGAGUCGGAAUGGGGGCCACAGUGGACAUCCAGAGACAGCAGACGAUGGAGUUGCUGGACCGGCAGCUGAUGCUGUCUCAGUUUGCCCAAGUGAGAAGACAGAGGCAGCAGGGAGGAAUGAUCAAUUGGAAUCGUCUUUUCCCUCCUUUACGUCAGCGACGAAAUGUAAACUAUCAGGACGAUCGGCGGUCUGAACAACAAGCAUCUCCUCCUCUAGAGGUUUCUGAGGAACAGAAAGCUCUGAAGCCAGCUUUGGCUAAAGGGGCACGGUUGCCGGCCUCCAGAGGAUGGACAGCCAGCGGCCUGCUGCAAGCUUCUAAGUACAUCAAAUGCGCUUCUCAGCAAAACCUGUGAAAAACACGGCCCAAUUGCCAAAACCAACAACGGUGCACGUGUGGUUGUUCGUUUCUGAGAGACUGAGUGAACUCGGGAGGAAGCCUCAUGUGCAGAGAAGGCUUCUCCACACCGACAUCGCGUAUGUAUGUAGGACACGACCUGGCCGUCGAAGGCCUGAGGGGUCCCCUCCAAGGUGGUGCAGCCCAUGCUGGAGCUGUGCCUUGGUGGCCUAUAUGGCCAGCCCAUCAUCAGCCUCCAAGCCAAAUUCAGAGUCCGUGGAGGGAAGACUCAAGCACCAGCUGGAAGUUGUGGCCUAGCACCCUCACCUGCUGGCAGUGGGGGCCUGGCUCACACGCCAUCAGCUCCGGUAUGAAUCACAAUUUGGCAGAUAGAUACUUUUAUUCCUGCUGGCGAGGUGCCAAGACGCAGCCAGUCUUUAGCUGUGCUUGAAGCACCAACGGUGACAAAGCGGUGAUCGUGAAUGUCGCGUGAGCCAAACUGAAGUCGUUAAGGACCGCCACGUUGCUGGGUUGUAGCGUCGUGUUUGUGGUAACAGAGAGAAGGCAGGUGGAGCUGCCCACCUCCUCCUGGGCCACAUUAGCUCCACUAAAGAUAGUGGUUCUUAACUGUCAGUUACUGGAAUAAACGUCAUUAAAGGUUAUUUCAAUCCAGGAAAUGACCUAGGAAGGAUCAUCUGGAUUUGAUGUGUGCCCAGCCCAGGUCCUCGAGUAUGCUGCUCAGGGUAGAGAAAGCAGGGCGGGUCAUACUGUUCGAAAUCCCCCCAAGGAAAGAGGAAAAUGUGGAUCCUCGUAAUCAAAUGGCAAAACUGAUGUUUCACGUCUGGCAGAGCCUAAAAUAGAGCAUCAGAUGACUUGAGUGUUAAGAAGAGUGUUGUGGUCUGUCGACACCACCCUGCUCCUGCUCACACAGGAUGUCAUCAAGACAUCUGACGACUGUAAGAGAUACAUUGGUGACAUGUGGAAUGGAUAAUAAUAUGAAGUGGGCUUUAAACCAGUUAAAAAUCUCUAAAAAGACCAAAAAAAAGUUGGCCAGCCACUUGAAUAGAAAGGGAGGUCUGUAGUGAGUUUGGGGCCCUACCUUUGAUUUUUGCCUGCUUGACAUUUUUAUCAGUCACUUGACAGGGACAUUAUAGAGGUUUGCUACUCCAGUUCGGGGGUGAUAAAAUUUUGAGGGAUCUGAGUAACCUAGGAGACAACAGAAUUGAAACUGAAAUUAGGGGUGCCUGGGUGGCUCUGUUGGUUAAGCAUCCGACUUCAGCCCAGGUUAUGAUCACAAUGGUUCAUGGGUUCGAGCCCUGCAUCGGGCUCUGUGCUGACAGCUCAGAGCCUGGAGCCUGCUUCGGAUUCUGCACACGAGCACAGGCACAUGCCCAUACACACGUGUGCACGCUGCCGAAGUGUUCCACUGCUGUGACAAGGGCUGCGAGCACAGGACAGCAGCAACGGGAGAGCAUUGGGGGGAUGGGGCGCUUCACUGGACAGAGAUGGAUCCUGGAGCACAGGAAUGAAGAAAGCAGCCCCAGCCCCCGUUCUCAGGAGGCUUACAACACAGUGACAGGGAGCCCAGGACACAGGUCAGUGGAGCCACAGAACUUUUUGUCUGGGCUUCCUUCUGGUCUGGGAGAAUGGGAAAGGGCCAGGUGCCCCCAGAGUCAGUGGAUGAAGAGGAGCUACCGAGGCCAAGGGCAGAGGAAAAGAGCCUUCUGGUAGAGGGACCCUGGCAGUAAAGGCAGCAGAGGGUUCCACGGCACCCAGGCCGGACCAGGAGCUGGGGCGCUGGCCUGGAGCAAGAAAGAUGGGGGAGGAUGGCCUUCAGACCUUCAAAGUGCUUCACCCAGGAAAGGGACUAGGAUUGUUUUCUGUUACUUGAAAGGGUGAAAUUAGGACCUUUGAAGUCCCACGGAUGACAGCGAGAGGCAGAUUCUGCUUCUGUGGAGGAAGAACUGUCCAUCUUGGCCAGUAAGUGAGGCAGUGUUUGUGAUACCCUGGGAAAGGUGGUUCUUUCCUUGAGCAGGAAAUGAAAGCAAAAGAUUCUUGCCGUUCUGUCCACACUGUCCCCCAGCCCGGGGAGUGGGUCUCCCACAUGUGACGGCCUUUUUCCCAGGCACCGAGCGUCCCUUCAGAAAACAGCUGUCAGGUGUCUCGCCACAGCCCACAGAAAGAGAUGCCUGCAGCAGACACGUGUGUGCGUGUGGAGAACGGAAAGGAAGCUUUCUGGAAGGAGGGCCCUCGCUGCAUACAUUUUUUAAUGCUCCUCUUAACCCACUGAGUGUUCGUGACGCACUCUUGAGGGAUCACAGCCUCGGUUUGGAAAACACGAGCUAGAACCCGCCUCUCAGAAGUGUCGCCUGCAUGUCUGCCUCUGCUCAGCUCGGUUAGCAUCUGUGUCCCUGAGGCUCCUUGAGGAAGGAGGGGUCUGGGUGUGGGCAGGGCAGAGAGCUUACUCCCAUCUCCUCCCCUGCCACCCACUGGGCUCCCCACCUUCCUCCCUCCCCCCCACCCCACCCCCCUCCUCCUCACUCCUUUCCCCCAGCCCUGCCCACAACCCACCCCGACCCCCGCAGCAUCAGGCGUUUUCCAUACGCUUUGCACCGAGGGCACUAUUUUCUACAGGAAGGAUCAGAAGUGGUGACCAAGUCCUCAGUCCACAAGAGCCUCUUUAACCCACACGUGGGGAAAAUCUCAAUAUGUGUUACAAAACUUACAAAAGUAUGUUUCAGCAUACGUACAAAGAAUAGAUUCCUUUGGCUGGUCUGACGUCAUAGAUCUAUUUAUAAUACAUUUGAAAAUGGGAAAAUAGGUUAUGCCUAAAUUUCAGUGGCACUGCCUGCUUCAUGGAAAUCCUAUGUUGAAAGUGCAGGAAACCUCUGUGUUUACAGAUUCAGGAUUUGUGGUCACGAAAAUGCAAGCCUCGUCCUCCCUACCCUUGGUGACUUUCGCUAUGUCCUUCCCCCUGGUUCUGCCCCAGGCUUCACCUCCUGGUGCACACGGCUGCUGCCUGGAGAGCCCCCGAAGCCAGGACCUUAGCAAAUGCUGCACCUCACAUGGCAGGUUUUCCUUCCCUGGCCGUGUGAUUCCAAGAACCUGCACACAUUUUUGUCAUCGGUGUCUGCCAGCAUCAGAAAUUAAUGUUCAACUAAGCGAUUGUUCACACGCACAAGGAAACGUGACUUGGAGAAGUUGUUUGCGGGAAUCCCACCUGACGCUGAAAGGGCGUGCAGAGUCGUGUGAGCGGGGCUGCUGUGCAGACUGGCUUUCCAGGCCGCACCCCACGGGCUCGUCCACCCUCUGCUGGUCCUGGCGGGUCGCUUGAUCCUUGGAGACUCAUUCCUGGUCUCUCAAAUGAGAGUUAAAUGAGAUAAUUACACUUAUUAGCCAUACGUUAAGCACUUUAAAAUGUGCCUGUUAAAAAAUUUUUUUAAUCCUAUUUCACACUGAAAUGAAAAUUAGGGUUUGUUUGUUUUUUUUAACCUUCUCUGCAAAACUCUCCUGAAGAGCACCUGGGGGGCUGAUGGAUUAGUAGCAGGGUCCUCAGCCUCAUCAGGUUUCUGGU